AUGGCUGGAGAAGUUCCCAUGGUAGCCUCGAACGAGGUGAUUGACGUCGAUGACUCCCGCGAUACAAUCCUGGACUCUGCAUUCUCCGACCAAUCAAGUACCACGGCCUCGCUGACCUCGAGUAUUAUGAAAUACACCUACGAGCAUGGCCGUCGCUACCACAAGUACCAGGAGGGCCAAGGAUACCUGAUGCCCAACGAUGAAAAGGAACAGGAACACCUCAACAUCAUAUCACAUAUGUUCAAACUCGUCCUCGGUGGUAGACUGUUCCUUGCACCUAUUCCGCAGGAUGUCAAGCGUGUUUUGGACAUUGGUACUGGAACGGGUGAUUGGGCCAUUGAUAUGGCUGAUCGAUACCCGGACGCUGUGGUUAUAGGAAACGACCUGAGUCCGAUCCAGCCGGGACUCGUCCCGCCAAACGUCCAGUUCGAAAUAGACGAUGUCGAGAAUGACUGGGCACACAGUGUCCCCUUCGACUAUAUCCAUUGCCGCUUCAUGGCUUCUUCCAUCCGCGACUGGCCCCGUCUCUUCCGCCAGGUUUACGAGAAUCUCCAACCAAACGGCUACGCUGAAUUCUACGACUUCGACUUCUUCUUCCGCAGCGACGACAACUCUCUCAGCCCCACUCACGAGAUGUACAUCAACUGCUCUGAAACCACCGGCGCGGCAGAGAAGAUAGGCCAGACAGCCUGCCCCGGACCCCAUCUAGCAGACUGGGCUAGUGAGGCGGGCUUCGUCAAUAUUAAAGAGCAUAAGCUGAAAAUACCUGUUGGGCCGUGGGCGAAGGACCCCAAACUAAAGGAGAUAGGAGCCUGGAACCAGCUGCAGGCCAUGGAAGGCAUGGAAGGGUGGACGAUGGCGCUGCUGACGAGGGUGAACGGGUGGAGCGAGGAGAGGGUGAGAGAGCACCUGGUCAGGCUGAAGAGGGAUUACCUGGACACCAAGAUCCACGCCUACAUGACCGGGUACGUGGUGUAUGGGCAGCGGCCGGAGCAUAAGAACUAG